AUGGGUGCUCUCUUUUUUUAUUUGGUCCACCACCCGGAAAGCCUCGCCCGGGUGACCAUGGACGUACGGGGAGUGUUCAAAGAUGAAGGUGAGAUCACUUCGGGGCCCAAACUAGCAAGUUGCAUUUAUCUGCGAGCCUGUAUUCGAGAGACCAUGCGCCUCGUCCCAGCCGUUCCCAACCUGUCUCCCCGUAUCGUCCUCGCUGAAACGGCUGAGAUAGAUGGUCGUGUUGUGCCCAAGAACACAAACGUCGGCGUGUCCCUCAGUUCUUACAAUCAGAGCCCGGCGUCAUUCGACCGAGCAAACGAGUUUCGACCAGAAAGAUGGAUCUCAGCAGACGGGAAGCAAUUGAACCUGAAACUUUUCAGGUCAUUUGGAGAAGGCCCACGACGCUGUGUCGGAAUGCAUCUGGCAUUGCUGGAGCUAGAGCUUGUCAUCGCUCGCGCUGUGUUCAGAUACGACGUUUUGGUGCCACCUGAAGGUCUUUCCAAUCAGAAAACCCAGAGGGCCGAGCGAGCUCAUCACGAAUUUGCAUUUGAUGCCUGGGCAGUCGCGAGCGGUAGAGCCGGCCAGAUCAGCUCCGACUGCUUUGUGAAGAAAGACCAACGUCGCUGA